AAUCGUUAUAGUUUCUCUUUGAAAAAGUGAUAACCAAGCUUAUCACCAGUUUUGUUUUUAUCCUAGUUUUACAAUAAAAAUAUGAUAUUUGGAUCAAUAUUCAGAUUAUAAUAAUAAGUUUCAUUCAGUUUUUGUAUUUCGUGGUUACUAAAGUCAAGUUGAUUUCAACGUAGGCUACCUUAUUAUUAAUCAUGAGUGGCCGUCAAUCAGCAGUUACAUUAUAUUACCAUCUUCUUUCUCAACCAAGCAGAGCAUUGAAAAUAUUUAUGGAUGUCAAUAAAAUUAAGUACAUCCCCAAAGAAGUUCAGCUUGCUCAAGGUGAGCACCUUCAACCUGAAUUUGAAGCUAUCAAUCCUUUCAAAAAAGUGCCUGUUAUCAGUCAUAACAAUUUUAUUCUAACUGAAAGUGUAGCAAUUCUGCGAUAUCUGUGCCGAGAGUUCGAUGUUGCUGAUCACUGGUAUCCAAAGGACACUCUGCAGCAAGCCAAAGUCGACGAAUUUCUUGAAUGGCAACACAUCGAGCUCAGAGCGCCACUAGCAAUGUAUUUCCGGACUAAGUUUCUGAUGCCGAUGGUCACCGGUAAACCAGCCAAACAAGAAUCGGUCGAUAGAAUGUACAAAUUGAUGGUCAUUGGCUGUGAUAAAGUUGAAAACAUUUGGCUGAAAGAUAAACCCUACUUAUGCGGCGAUAGCAUCAGUAUAGCCGAUAUCCUGGGAGCAUGUGAAAUUGAGCAACCAAGAAUGGCUGGUUACGACCCCGCUGAGGGCAGACCAAAGAUAAAGGAGUGGAUGGAUCGUAUCAGAAAAGAUUUGGAUCCUCACUACGCUGAUGCUCACGCUUAUUUGAAUGCGGUUGCAAAAAAGAAUGCUGCGAGAUCUUCUCAGGUUGUGUCAAAAUUGUGAGAGCUUCAUACUACUUUGUUUUGGAACUGACUGUGAAUUUUAUUGUUGUCUGCUGUUGUAGUUUUGUUUUUUAAUUCUUACCAAAGUAAAUGUAGAUUCAGGUUGCGGGCUGUAGGUAGUGAAAUUUGAUCUAAUCCAUGUUGAAAGUUUCCGUUCAUUCUCCAAACCUCAAAUAUCAAAUACUAUAAUAAAGGCUGUGGUUAGUUGAAUACAUUUUUAAGAAUUACCUAGUUACUUUCUUUGACAUUUAAGAUAAGGUAAACUGUUACAAAAUACUGUAUAUUGAUGAAUAAUGUGUAAUAUUUGAUACUUCAGGCUACUAUAAAAUUGCUCUCUGUAGGUGAGUGAUGCCUAUAUUGUUGUGACCUUGUAGAAAAAAUAAUUUGAUAAUUCCAUCAAAGGGUUUGUCUUUUAUUGUAUUUUUGUAAUAAAAUAUAUAAUGUU